UAAUACGGAGUAGUUAUUAAUCUAACAAGCCAAUUUUAUUUCUAGAGAUACAUAUAUAUAUACAUACAUUGAAAAGUGAGACAGAAAAAUGGCGUGUAAAAGAGGAACAUCCUUGGUAUGGAUGAUGGUCGUGGUUGUCGCGGCAAUACUGGUGGCUGAAAAUGGGAGGAUGUGCUCUGCAUUUGACUUGGGAGAGGCAAAAGAGGCCGUGCUGGACAAGGCUGAAGAGGCCAAGGAUUGGGCUUACAACAAAAUCUCCGGGUCCGGGAAAUUGAGUGUUAACCCACAAAACAUGAAACAGGCUGCGGAAGAUAUGAUGCAUGAUGGUACGAAAUUCGCAUCAGGAAAAGUACACACAGUUUCGCACUCAGUGAAAGACGGUAAUGAAAGGUUUUAUGCUGAGGCGAAGCGCGACGCCGGGCCAGCCUACGAUUCCAUGGCUACGAAAACCGUCAGGGAAGAUUAAUUUCAUUCAUAUAAGACAUAGCCUGCCUUAUAAAUUGGGCAAGGUUUCUUCUAAGAUGCAUUCAACGGUCUUAAAUUAAUUUGUUGAUCAGCUAGUUUUCCUUCUACUUUAGGAUAAAACAAUAUACAUGUAUUGUUUUCAUGAUACGAUAAUAAAUGGUGAAAUAUUUUUAAAACUUUUGUUAUAAGCUAAGUAAUAAUAAGUAAUUAUAUUUGUAGUGAGUUAGAGUUGAUAGUAGGUAUAUGCAUGUAUAAUAACCUUAUAAUCUUGUGUCCUAAUUGAUGCCGGAGAUUAUUGUUUGAGUGUAGAAUGUACCCCAAAGAAUAUUUAACAAUAUAUGUAAUUAUUGUUUAAGAGCAA